UCCAGGUAGAGGUCGGCUGGGUUACCUGCUGGUCAGUGUCGACUGUGCAGCGGCAGUGAGAGGGUGUUAUUGUGGUGCUCACUUAAAUCAUCACUGGAUCUCGCUGACGGCUGAUAAAGUGAUCGUUUUCGCACUUGAUAAGAGAGAUAAGCCAAUACGGGAUAUUAUACUUACUUGCCGCGGAGGAGAAUGCCGUUCUGCUAGAUCUCUGAGACGGAUCCAGCCAUGAGCGGCCGGCAGUGGGCCUCCCGACGGGGGGGCACCGGAGUGGCGGCGCCCCUCCUGGCCCUCGCGCUGACCAUGGCCGCCCUGCCUGCUCGAGCCUUCAACAUGGACACCUGCGACGGGAAACCUCACCAGGUCACGAUCAACACGCAGGCGGAGGCUUACCUGGGCGUGGUGGUCGGGGCGUCGCGCGGCGGGCGAGGGCAUGAUCGGGUGCGGCGGGUGGCGCGUGGGCGGCGUGGAGGCGUACGAGGCGCUGCGGUGGUCGCUGGCCAGGAUCAACCAGGCUGUGGGCGGCAUCGGCUCCAGGAUCGUGUCGGACUCCUACGUUCCGGGCGUCAAGUUCGGCCUCCACGUCUACGACUCCUGCAACCACGGGGAAAGAGCCGUCGCGGGCGUGGGCGAGGUGUUCCCUGUGGUGCGGGAGGGCCCUUCGUCGUGCUCGCCCCUCAGCAACGACACCCUCCUGGCCUUGGGCGUGCUGGACCUCACGGGCGUCACCUCCACCCACCAGAGCCUCUCGCACCUCCUUCACAAGUACCACGUGCCGGUCGUCGAGGCGGCCGCCCACGCCUACAUACCGCAGAAGGAGCGAGGGCAGGCUCUGCUGGAAUUUCUCGCCGAGCUCAAGUGGGACUCGACCGCUCUCCUCGUCCUCGAUGACGACUACAGCAUCGAGGUCGCCAAGGUGGUGACUGAAGGCGCAGGGAAUUUCAACGUCUGCGUCAGUAAUGUGGUGAGAGUGCCUAUGUUGCCUCCAUACCCCGAGGACGCGGACCAACAUGACGAACAGAGCAACGCGCAGUACCGGGCCCUGGUGCGGACGGCGGCGAGCGACGGGCAGGUGAGCGGGGUCGUCGUGGUCGCCAGCGGAUUCCCUCUCAUCCAGAUCCUGGCUGCCAUCAGAGCCGAGACCUCCGCCAGCCGGAAGGUCUAUUGGCUUAUCUCUGACCUUCCCGACGAGGAGGUUGACCUUGUCCGUCACGUUGCCAGGAUAGCGAGGGGCGUGUGGGUGGUGGCGCACGACCCCCCCGCCAUGGAGAGCUUCGAGGACCACUGGAGGCUCCUGCAGGACGUCAAGAUCACGCCCAACCCGGAGAACGAGUGGGUGCUGGGCUACUUCCAGCAGUCCAAGAGGUGCCAGCUGGCGGGUCUGCCCAAGAACGUCGUCGAACCGCUGAGCGCCGACGAGGACCCCGACGAGCCACCCAAGGAACUGCCGCCGUGUCUGUCGUUCCGCAUGAGAGACGACGACCUGGACGUGCUGGCCAGGACGCGCGCGGUCGUCCCGGCAAUUCACGGCCUCUUCACGUUCUUCACCGCCAUGAAGAACGCGUGGAAGCUGAAGUGCAGGAACAGGCGCGGCGUUUGUCAAGAACUGCAAGAUUUGGAGAGAGAGGAACUGCAGACGGACUUCCUCUCCCCCUUGAGGUUUCUCCAUCAGGGUCCGGGCUCCCGCAGCCACGCAGGGCUCAAGGGCGGCAAGAGGCGCACAGACCCACCCGGCACGCUCUCGGGAACCUCCUUAGGCCUAUACCGUAUUCUCGCCAUACCUGGAAAUUCGACCGUCACCGCCCACCAGACCUUCGUGAUGGACAACUCCACGCUACGAGUCACGGGCGAGUCGUACAGCUCCAAGACGACUGGCUGCUCUCAGGGCGCCUGCAACUCGUGCCUAGACGGGCCUGGACACCUCAUGCAGGUGACUCCUGGGCAGCCGGUGAACAAGACAACAGUAGCACCGACAGUAGAAGCAGAGGACCACGUGCUGCUGCCUUCCUCCGACCACGUGGUCCUCGCGGCGCUCUUCCCCAUCCAUCAACCUUCGCCGGACGGAUCGGACUGCGGAGACACCAUCAACGAGGAGAUCCUUCAGGAGGUGGAGGCCUUCCUGUGGGCGGUGGACCAGAUCAACCAACACCAGAAAUUGCUCCCUUCUACCACCCUCGGCGCCCUCGUCCUCGACACCUGCGGCUCCAGGAUCCGCACCAUGAACCAGGUCACGAGCUUGGUCAAGGGAACUCUUCCGGGAAUCGACGUGAACAUCAACGACAUCCAGAUGUUCGUGACCUCGCUUGACCCCGAGACGGCCCGGGUCACGGGAGAGAUCCUCUCCUCCCUCAACGUGACCUCCGUCAACAUGGGUCCUUCGCAGGCACACUCGCCCUACGCCCUGCAGAUGAGUCCGCCCAUCAACAAGGAGGCUGAGGCCAUGGUGCAGAUGCUGCGGUUCCUGGGGUGGGAUUACGUGUCCUUGGUGGUGUCUUCGGAGGACGCCGAGAACAUGGCGGGCGCAGAAGCCUUCAGGACGGUGGCGAGGGCGUCUCGGGUCUGCCUCGCCCUCGACCUCAAGAUGGUUCCCCUCGAGGCUGAGGGGUCUGCCACGCUCGCUGGCCAGAUCGUGGAGCAGCUGACGGAGAAGGCGGUCGUGGGCGCCAGGGGCGUGAUUCUCUUCCUGACCCUCGAAGACACGAAGGCACUCCUGCAGGCGGUGCAGAAGGCGGUGUCCCUCCACCGACUCCACAAGCACCAGAUCGUGUUCUUAGGCACAACCACUUGGGGAGACCACAAGGACCAGUUGCGUGAAGUGGACGCGGAAAUAGGGGGCGUGCUUGCCUUGAAGGACGGCCAGCAGGAUGUCCGUGACUUCAUCGCUCACUAUCGCCUCUUGGACCCAGAGAAGAACGCUCGAAAUCCUUGGUUCAAGCAGUACUGGGAACAGGAAUUCGGGUGUGUGGGCAUAGCAUGCCUGCUGGAGGGCAAACCGACGCCCGUGGUGCCCUACGCCUCGGUUCCUUCGACGCCCAGGGUCAUCCAGGCCGUCUUCUCCUUCGGCGCCGCCCUCACUCAGCUCCUGGGCCACUUGUGUCCUCACGCCGGGGGGAAGAUCUGUCCGGGGUUGCCCAAGUGGCGCCAGAGAACCGUCCUAAACGAGUUUCUGCGGAACACCGAAGUUUCCCGCGUGGAUAAGCCCUCCGAGUACUUCCAAUUUACGGAAAACUUCCACGGCAACGCUCCCCUCGAGGUGUUCAACCUGCGCCGCGCCCCGCCAUCCUCUAUCCAAAAGUACAAAUACGAGAAGGUGGGUCGCUACGUCGACGGUUCCCUGACGCUGGGGAACGCCAUGGCCGAGUACCACAACGGAACGGUGACGGUGAUGGAACGCCUCACCUCCUCCUGCACCUCCAACUGCGCCUCCUGCCACUCCCCCGAGGCCGACCACGUGUUCAUCGAGUCCCCGGAUCAGCUGUACAUCCUGGCCACCUUCAACGUGCACGAGAGGGGAGACAAACCCCUCGAGUGUGGCCCGCUGAGGGGAGAUAGGGGCAUCCAGAGUGUCGAGGCGUUGCUUUGGUCUCUGGAACAAGUGAACUCCGACCCCGACCUCCUGCCUGGGGUGACGUUGGGGGCCAUCGUGCUGGACGCCUGCAGUAGUAAGGAGAAGGCCGUGCGCGACGUCACAAAUUUCCUGACGGGAAAUAUACCUACUAGAAUGAGGGAGAAGGUUCCCUCCGCAAACAACAUCGUGGGCAUGAUAGCGGGCGGGAUUGGCGAGGAGGUGCGACAGGUGAUUGACGUGACGCAGCCCUACGGAAUCACCACCAUCGCCACGCAGGCCACGAGCACCGCCUUCUCCAACACCCGCCGCUUUCCCGCGCUUCUUCGCCUCGCGCCGCCCAAUGACGUCACCGGAAGUGCCAUAGCGUCCCUCCUCCUCUACUGGCGAUGGGAGGUGUUUAGCGUCGUGUAUUCUGACGGAGGCGCCCCCGGGGAUGUGCAGAAACAUUUACUGAGGGAAACGGAAGCACACAACCUCAAGGCCGCCAUGGCUGAGCCCAUCCCCCUCAAGGUGGACCAGGUGGAAUAUAUGCUGGGCGUGUGGAGCCGGCUGGCGGAGGCGGCGCAGCAGGGGGCGCGGGCGGUGGUGCUGCUUCUGGAGCCCCACCACGCCGCGCUGUUCCUGCGGGCGGCGGCCGGCCUGCUGGAGGAGGGGCUGCUGAGGCCCGGGGACUUCGUGUUCCUGAUGGAGGACUCGCCGUUGCCUUACAUCAAGCAUGAGACGGAGGCUCUGGGCAUGAUCGUGCUGCAGCCCAUCAGCGGCGCCGUCCCCGCCUUCUCCAACUACUUCAGGAGUCUGUCGCUGGCGAACCACACGGCCUACCCUUGGUUCCACGAGUUCUGGGCUGAGAUGUUCCGUUGCCGAGGCGCCGGGUGCUUCACGGGGGCGGCGCGGAACCUCUCCGGCCACCGAUUCCGUCAGGCGGAGGACGUCGUCAGCACCGCCAACGCCGUCUCGGUUCUCGCCAAGGGCCUCGACCGCUGGCGCCGCGAGGCAUGCCCGGACAAAGAGAACGGCACCUGUCCCGACAUGACGGCAGACGAACACUACCGCAACAAGCUAUUUCAGUCAACUCGCUCAAUCACCCAGCGAGGAGUGGACGGUCGACCCGUUGCCUUCACCGUGGAUGGCCAUAACAGAGCGGCGAUGAUACAGGUCUUAAACUUCCGUCGAGUUAGUGGGCGCCGCGGUGCCGGUCUCCUGCGUGUGGGGAUGUUCAACGAGGAGGAUGGCUUGGCACUCAAUGGCACUCUUGUCGUGACCUACGAUGCCGAGGGUAACGAAAGGUCAAUGUCCGAGGUCAAGUCUCAGUGCAUCGACCUUGAAGUGUGUGGAGGCGUAGUCGCGGUCGCCAAGCCAGCCAAGAAGAGAACACAUCACCUGCCUAGGUAUUGCAUCGGUUUGCCUAUGUACCCUCAGCAACGAUUCGGCAUCAGUGGCUUGGUUCCGUAUCACCACCAAGGCCAGACUUUCUUCUCGUGUGGUGAGUUCUUCAGCGAAGGAAUCUUCCAGAACGUGGCAGCGGUGGCUUAUGCCCUCAGCCAGAUCAACAGGAAUGAAGUAGGUGUGGGGUUAGGGGCCAUUCUCUUCGACUACUGCGACAGGAUAGAGCGGGCGAGGGAGAGGUUCUACAGUUUCUUCUCCGGCGAGGCCCUGGAGAGCGACGACUCGAUCGUGCUCACGCCCAACCGCAUCGUCGCCUCCAUCAGCUUCGACGACGACGCCGCGGAGGCCGUGUCCAACAUCCUCUCCUCCAACUACAUCCCGCACUUCAGCUCCCCCAUCGGAGGGCGCAAGCUCGCCGACCGCGACGACCAGACGAUCCUCACCAGCGUUCCUUCGAGGACGGCGGAACUGCGGACGUUCCUCAGCAUCCUCAGAGCUUACAAGUGGACGUUCAUCAAUGUGAUCUAUGACAACGAUGAUGACGGGAAGUUCAUGAUGGAGACGUUCCGCGAAAUGGCCACAAACCAGGACGUGUGCAUCGGGGACUCCCUCGGGGUGCCGCAGCGCGUGUCCGAGGAAUAUGCCCGAGAGCUGAUCGAAACCCUGGCUGUUGCCUGGAAGCCUAGGAUCGUCGUUCUUCUGAUGGACGCCUCGGAUAACAUUAGGACAAUCUUAAAGGUCGCUGACAAGCUUGACGAGAGCGAGAGGUUUACCUUCCUGGCGGGCGAUGCGUGGGGCAACAAGCCCAGCGUGACAAAGGGCCUGGACAGAGUGUCAGCCGGAGCUCUCACGUUCACCAUGGAGACCUAUGACCUCCCGGACUUCAGGAUCUUUGUGGCAAACCUGACCCUAGAGAACCAUGACCCGUUCCCGGACGAGUGGUUCGAGGAAUACUUCCAAAACAAAUUCCAGUGUCGACUGUCUCCCAGUGAAAGAGUGCAGAGGCAGUAUGUGAAGGAAUGCCUCGGCACGGAAUCCAUUCAUCCGGAUGACAUUGUGCAAGAUCCUUACGUGUUCCACACCAUCCUCAGCAUCAACGCCAUUGCACAUGGUCUGGAUGCAUACAUAACGAAACACUGUGCAGACGCAGAGUCUAUUGAUGACUGCAAUGUAGUUCAGGCAGAGUUAUUGUUAGAAAUCCUGCAUCAGAGUGAACUCUCGCUAAAUAACACAGCUGAUUCUAAUUCGUAUGACCAAGACGGGGCUUACGGCUACCACAUUUGGAACUACAGGAAGCUUGGGAAGGAAUAUGGCUACAUUAAUGCUGGCAAGUGGGAGAACAGCAACCUUCGUCUUGAAAAGCCAAGCAUUGAGUUCAAAAUCGGAACCUUCGCCCCAGACUCUUACUGCACUGAGGGCAUCUGCUUGGAGGUCUGUUCUUCUCAGUCGACCAAAUACGCCGCCAUGGCCCUUCCAAAGCCCCUGCCCAUUGACUCUAACUUCCGCAAUGUGUAUGGCAUCAUGACUAGCUCUAUGAGCCUCCUGGGCAUUAUCGUGAUUUUGGUAACGAUGGUUUACUUCAUGAUGUCCUACCCGACGGCAGCAGGAACGUCGGUUCUCGGCUACAUGAUCCUCAUUGGCUGCCUUAUGCUUUACUCUGUCAACUUCGCGUUCAUCUUCCAGCCUACUGUCGGCACCUGUGCGGUGAGGAGAUUCAUGAUGGGCGUGGCCUAUGCCAUAAUUUUCUCCGCAAUGUUAGUGAAGGUGAUACAUACCUGGAGAGUUAUGACUUAUUCGUCAACUCGCGAUGAGCCGGACGGGUUGAGCAGGCCCUGUGGGUUAAUGCUUGUGGCCAUCGGCCUCACCUUCGUGCAGGUCGUCCUCGGGUCCGCUUGGUUAAUCCUCUACCCGCCAGGGACGGACCUCGAAGGGGAGACCUGGAGAUGCACGCCCACUGAGCGCUUCGAGAUUGACCUUGUUAUCUCCCUCGUGUACGUGAUGGUCCUCAUAGCAGCGACGAUCCUCUUUUGCUUCGAGACGUGGCACGCGGAGGAGAACUCGAAGGAGACGCGGUGGAUCCUGCUGGCCUCCCUCUUCACCACCAUCGCCUGGUGCGUGUGGACGGUCGUGGCCACGCAGGCGCCCAUCACCUUCCGCGACCCGGCCAUCGUCAUCGGCAACCUCAUCUGUGCCACCGUCGUCAUUCUCUUCCUCUACGCCCGCAAGAUGUACCUCUACAGUCAGCUCACCAAGGACGUCAAGGACCUGGAGAUGAGAUCGCACUACACCGCCGCGACGUCCCUCUACAACGCCUCCCUGAACGCGCAGAAGAUGGCAGACCCCUUGCCCCGCACGCCCGGGGUAGAGAUCAACGCUGGCAUGCCCGGCCGACAGUUCGUGGGCGACCAGGAGGUGAGCUUCAGGACGGUGACGCUCCCUCCAGAGACUCCUCAGAGCCGCAGAUCCUCCCGCCGGUCCACCACGCCCUCGAGGCACUCCCUCAGGCUCUCCCUCUCCGACGAACUGCCUGAAGACCUCACCUUCGACGUCUUCGAGUCGUCCGAGGAGGAGUUCCCUGUGGACGCGCACCACCUGAGCGAUGACAACGAGGACGUGGCCGGGGCGGGCGCGGGGGCGGCCAGCAAGGACGUCGGGCAGAGGGACCGCCUGCCGUCCAUCCGGCGAGUCGGCUCCAGACAGAUGCUGGUCUUCCUCACUGACGGCAACACUAUAGGCGAUGUGUCAAGGAUCUAGUCACCUCGCCGGUGGUGCCACAUCGCCCUGGCAUACGAGCGCCACCAGGUCGCUGAGACUGAGCACGACAAUGUCUUUAAAUGGUGGUGAUCGUAAGUCUGCGGAAGCGAUCGGAUAAUUUGAAAUCAGAUUAAUGACUACCAAUAAAAAGCAAGAUUUUUGGGAGGAAAAAUAAAUGAGACAAGGGCGUGGUGUUGGAGGGGUCAUUAACAUUUUAUUUAUUGUCAGUUACGGAUUGGUGUUCUUUUAGUGUUGCAUUUAUUCUUGCUUUUAAUCUUGGAAACAUGCAUUAUUGUUUGAUAUUUUUUUUUAUAUACAUAUAUAUUUUUAAUCAAACCUGAGAACCUGUACUUUUGAAUUAUGUUUGAUAAAUCUUACCGUUUUUUUUUGACAUGGUGGAGUUACUUCGUACAAAGGUAUUCAUUUCUAAACAAAAUUGCCAUUUUUUUUAUCUUCAUUCAUAUGGCAUUUGUACCUGUCUUUUUCAAGUAGACUAUUGGUAGAAUAUCGAACAGAGAUUGACUGAUAAUGAACCUUUUGUCUCUGAAUCAACGUCUUUUUUUUUAAAUCUUACAACAUGACUAAAGACAUUCCUUUGAAAGGCUUGUAUUCCAGGCUUUUUCAUAACCGGUUGUAGCGUGUUCUCGCAAUCUGUUAUUUGAAUUGUGAUAUUUUUCUCUGUGACAGUUUUGUUUUGUAUAUACUGUACAUUUGAUAUCUUAAUUUAAGACUUAUUCGCAUUGUUUGUUUUUAGACAAUACAUGAACCAGAUACACAGCCGAGAUGCUUGUGUUGUUUCGACAUGUGAGUUUGUGAAUAAAAUUUUAAAAAGUUAAA